AGCCUACAUUUCCCAUAAUGCCGUACGUUGUCACGUUCGUUUGACGUCACACGCAUCUCACCAGGUACAGAAGUCCAUCGUGCAGAAUGAAAACAACUGUUGCAUAAACUUCAUUAAUAACCUGGGAGCUGAUCGCAUGUGCAAACGGAUCCACAUUUUGGAAGAAUCAUGGCAGAGAAACCUCAGCUGGUCAAUAAUUCACCAGAGGACAUCGAGACUGAUGAGUGUAUGAGCUCAUACACACACAUCUACAGCCCUAAUCUGCUCAUUGAUCAGGUGGCCUUUAUAACCGGCGGAGGUUCAGGUAUUGGAUUCAGAAUAGCAGAAGUCCUGAUGCGGCAUGGUUGUGACACGGUCAUUGCCAGCAGAAAUCUGGAGAAACUCUCUGAGGCAGCGAAGAAGUUAACCAGCACUACAGGCAGGCGAUGUUUGCCGAUAGCAAUGGAUGUGCGUCAACCAGAGACGAUUUCUGCUGCCAUGGAUGAAACACUGAAGACAUUUGGACGUGUUGACAUACUUAUUAACAAUGCUGCAGGUAAUUUCUUGUGCCCUGCUACAUCGUUGUCAUUUAACGCCUUCAAGACAGUAAUGGAGAUCGACACCAUGGGAACUUUCAACACUAGUAAAGUGGUCUAUGAAAAAUGGUUCAAGGAUCAUGGCGGCUCCGUUGUCAACAUUUCGGCCACACUGGGGUACAGAGGUCAGGCUCUCCAGGUGCAUGCUGGGUCAGCGAAGGCUGCAAAUGAUGCCAUGACAAGGCACUUGGCGGUCGAGUGGGGCCCCAGUGGUGUGAGGGUGAACACAGUGGCCCCAGGGCCCAUCUCUGGCACAGAGGGAUACCGUAGACUGGGUGGUUCACAUGCCGAGACAGCAGGGGCUUUCCGCAGCAUCCCGUUGCAAAGAGCCGGCAAUAAGACGGAGAUUGCACAUGCGGUUCUUUUCCUGGCCAGCCGCGCUGCUUCAUACGUCACUGGAACGAUACUGGUCGCCGACGGAGGGGCGUGGCUCACCUCGGCCAAUGACGUGGAACGGCUGCUGGGUAUUAUCUCAUCUCGCUCUGCAAAACUAUGAACAGACAGCACCGCACACAGGUGUGUGUGCGUGAGGUUUUUGGUCGGCGGAGAAAAGAAAGGAUAAAUAGCAUGACUGAAGAGGAUGAAAUAACGGUUGAUCAGGCCAACAUCUGUGUGAUGAUAAUUGUUGAAGCUCACAAAACAUGUUCAGAUUAUUUUCACCCUCAAAAACCAAAGUAAACAAUAAGAAAUUAUAUUCUGCGUAAAGAUAAACAAGCCUAUUUUCAGGCUUUGUUGCGUUGUGACACUGUAUUAAAAUGAAGCACAUUUCCACCCCAAAUUAAAUUUUUAUAAUGUUCUGUUAUACUUUCUGAGUUGUUUUUCUCAUUCUUAUCAUUAGAUUUUAAGCAUAAAUUAAUGUCAGUACAAAAAAAUUAUUGUUUUAAUCAUUAUUUUCCCCCCUUCCUUUAUGGUAAUGAGAAAAUAGACUGCAGUUUAUGCAAAUAUAUUUUCUUUUGAUUUUGAGGUGAGAUAUGAAAGAUGUGUUCAUGACUGAAAUUUAAGUCAUAUAGUAUAUUUAUAGAUCCUGCUGAACUGCAUUUUCAUUACAUAGCAGUUGUCAGAUAUUUCAAGCAUGUUUAACCAUGUUUUAGUAAUUAUUCAAAAUGUCUAUUUUACUCCUGGUAAGCAUUACGUAAAUUAGUGGCUUUUUUUUUUUUUUUUUUUAAUUUUCAGCUACAAUACAUUGUGUAAAAAAGGUAAAUAUUGUAUUCUUAUAUACAUAAGUUUUCAUAAUAAAUCUUUUAUAAUGCUA